AUGUACCUACAAGUUCUUGCCACGCUUUUCGCAGCACUAGUCACCUGUGUUAUUGCAACCGUCGAUCAUGACAAAGUCCAGCCCUUUCCUCAACCUGAACCGGUCACAAUUUCUGAAAAAGCUGCCAUCAAGUUCAAGCCACAGCUGUACAUUCCAGAGGGCGUGUGCGUGUCGUAUCCUGCUGUGAAUGAUGCCGGUGAAACCACUGGAGGCCUCAAAGGGACGAACGGCAACGACGCAUGCAAGUAUGCCCAAGCAGUCCAUUCACCGAAGCGCUUCCGACAUCUGCAGAACUGGCUGGGCGGAAUGAGCAACAAGCGAUUCACGGUGAAUCCGUUCGGAGACUUGGCGUUGUCCAGUGAAGACCGCGUCAAGCUUUUAGAUAUCGUCGACGCUAUUGUCCAUGCGAAGUUCGAAGAGUACGAAGAAUAUGUGAACACGAACAAGCGAGUCGACCGUGCUCGCUGGAAAAAAUAUUCGGCCUCAGGUGCCGCGACGACGUACGUUGAGCGCAAAAACUCGAACCCAGACUCCGAUCUGCCUGUGUCACUUAUGGUCGGCCCGCUACCUGGAACUCUCGACGAGAUCAUGUUCGGUCUAGUCAGUCCUACGCUCGAAUCGAUGCGAAUCAAAGCGUCAUACCUGAAUGACUUCAGUGCUGCUGCUGUUCUUUCGACGAUAGUGGAGCCGACUGUGGAUAAUCCGUUCCGAUCCGUGGUAGUCAAGUGGAUGGAGAUCGAUAUCCCCGGAGCGGCAGUUGGCUUCGUUAGGAAUCGCGAUUACGUUUAUGUGGAAAGCACCGGCAUCCUGCAUUUGGCGAACGGAGAGCGUGUGGGUUAUCACUUGUUACACUCUGUCAAUUUUCCACAAACACAUGGGCUACCAAGCAGAAUCCGUGGUAAUAUGUCGCUAUGCGCUAUAUUUCGCCAGGAGGGGCCUGAUCGAACAGACUGCCGUGGCACAGGCAUCAUUGAUCCGAGAGGUGAUAUCAUCCGCACGAUGGCUUUGUCGGGGAUGGUGCAUGCCACGAUGGCAGGUCUCAAGUAUUCAUACUGCGGUCAGAUGAAGAAACUGGCAUGGUUGUUGGAGCAGAGGCACGCCGAGUUAAGAGAGCUUGGAGCUCCCGUCUAUAAACCCUUUUGCGUAACCUGCUCAAAGCCCAUCAAAAGCUCAAGACUUCGAGGAUUCGGCAAACUGAGUUCCACUUGCAAGCUGUGUUUCGGAGCACUGUGCGGGUCAUGCAAGAUUUCUAAGAGACUGAGCUUCAUUGCGCCGGAUCUAGAGCUCACGCAGAGGAAAGUGCGCUUUUGUGUAAAGUGCUUGAUGGAAUCCAAUCGCUUGGACACACUGGAAGCUGCUCGACAUCAAUUCGUCUACGGACAGCCUGCCUUCUCAAGUGCCUAUGGCUCGUUAGCCUCAUCUUUUAUCAGCUCGAGAUCUGACAGCGUAGCUAAUUCGGCUUGAUCGCA